UCGUUUGUAAGUCAUAACAUUUAUCCGCGUGCCGUGAGCGUGUUAGAAGGUUUGAAAGAAUUCUUGGCAAAAACGGCAAAAAACUCUACUCAAAUGCUCCCAGUUGAAAAGCAAUUUAGGCCACAUUUAUGCCUUUCUCUGUAGUUGUAGUAUUAUUUCUGUUGGGAAUAACUCCGUUUGUGUUCUCUGAUGAAAGCUUACGAUACUGCGGUCGACUUGCCACAUUUCCACAGCCGGAAUUCAAGUUUAAUUUCACCUUGCGGUCGCAAAAUGGACAGCAAUCGUUUAAGGAAGUUCGACAUGGUUUAGCGGUUGAUCCUUUUUUCGUCAGAGUGUACGCAAAGCCACAAUCUGGACCCAACCAAGGGUUUUGUUUCAAUGGGGUUGGCGCAAACCAGGCAAGCUACCAACACAGUUCAUAUGGUGGCCUUAUUUACGCUUACAAUUCUGAAUUUGUACGCGUUUGGGCGCCAACAAGCCCAAAUGGCUUCAUAGUAUUUAUUAAAGAUGGCUGGGCUGGAGAGAAAAACGCCCAGCAGUUGAACGAAGCACAUGUUUUCGUUGAGGUCUGGGGUAAAGGCCCAGAACCUAAUUUUGACAUCGAUACUGUUAUUGGCAAUGGUACAGUUAGAGGGAGUUAUGGCGAGGUGGACCACCGGCUUAGACAAGUUCCCGAUCGAAUAGUAGUCCGUGUAUCGCCUGAAAGCCAUUCUAGUUCUAAUGGUGGCUUUUGGUUUCCUGCCAUUUCCACAUCCCAGAAUUCAGACCCCCUUGGCCACUAUGGAGGGGUAAUCUAUGCCUUUAAUGAAAGGCUAGUAAGAUUAUGGAUUCCUAGCCAAGGCUUAAACAAUACAGGCUGUAUACUUCUAAAUGAUCUUUGGGGUGGCGGCAAGUAUGAGCAGCUUGAGACGAGGUGUCGUAUUAAUGUGAAAAUCUGGGUGAAUCAAUUUCCAGUUCCGGCAUUCCAGUCAAAUUGGACAAGAUUAAAAUCACAAUUGGAUGGUUUCUCUUUCAAGGAAAUAUCUCAUAAUCUUGGUCAACUUCCUGAAAAUGUUGUUGUCCAAGUCAAAACUCUAUCUGGAAUGAACGUCCACUCUAUAUUUCUAGGGCAAGGCUCUGUGCAGUCUGACGAUAAUAACACUAAUGGUUAUGGCGGGGUGACUUAUGCUUACAAUGAAAAUAAAAUUCGCAUGUGGAUGCCAAGUAGAAAUGAUGGAUCAAAACUUGGCUAUAUGGUACUUGUGAAUAGAGGUUGGGGCGAUGGCUUAUUCCUGGAAAAGGGGGUGAACCAGGCGCUGGUCAGAGUACUGGUGUACAGUAGUGUCUGUGAUGGCUCAGAAGAGACCGCUCUUUUCAAUAACCAGUGUGUCAAAUAUAAAUAUCAGACGUAUGGCUGGAGAAUGUCUGACUGGUCAUCUUGCUCAAGUAUUUGUAACCAAGGGCAACGCUCGAGGAAAGCUACAGGGUGCUCAGUGACCUCUAAGAAAAAACUUGCCAUCAGCUGCGAUUUUGAAAAGGAUACAUGUGGGUGGAUAUUUAGCAGCCAAACAGUACGGAGUAUGGAGUGGCGACGCACCAAGGGUGCCACGCCCACACUGAAUACUGGUCCUCAAUGGGGCCACCCUAAAGGUUCAUACUAUGUGUACACUUAUUCUGAUGGAGUGAUCCCUGAAGGAACAGGAACUCUGGACAGUCCGAUGGUACAUGGGCGGAGUAGAUGCCAUCUCACUUUCUUUUGGAGCAUGUUUGGAAAUGAUGUUGGGAAUCUUUCUGUGUACGUCAGCACUGCUGCAUGGGGCAGCUGGGUCAGCACAGGCUGGUCAAUGGAAGGCUCCCAAGGGCCGGUGUACUGGAGAUCAGCUUAUGUGAACCUAGAGCAGUUCAUAGUUUAUCGUAUUCGAUUUGAACACACCCUGCCAAGAAGACCAUCCCAUUGUGACAGUUGUGGCAAUGCAGAUUCUGCCAUUUGCUUAGAGUGUAAGGCGUGCCCUGGUGAUGUGUGCCCCCGUGCUAAUGUUGCUAUCGACGAUGUCAAGCUGAUGUGUGAGGAACUUCUUUCUGAGAAACCUCCAGAACUAUGCAGAGCACGCAGUAACCCACUCCCUGGGUGCGAACGCCAGGCUGUCAUCAGAGACCAAGUAAUGCAAGGUCCAGCCUAUAGUCAGCAGUGGUCCUAUGAUGAUCGGGGUGUCCCAUUUGAGUAUGUGCGGGCUAAUGGUAGCCAGGGUGACGUGCUUGGCACCUACACCUUUGACAUCCAUUACACUGCCGAGUACACCGUGUGGAUGAAUGUGAACAGUACUGACCUGACUGUUAAUGAGGUUGAGUUCAGGAUAGAUGAGGGAGAAUGGAAGUUGAUGAUUGCGGCUGCCAAGAAAAGACACCAUCUGUGGCUCAUGUAUCGCCUUGAGACGUUUAAGCUGCAUCCUGGUUCCCACACCAUCACUUUUCGUCAGUAUGAGUUUGGCUUCCAAUACGACAGAAUUAUCCUUGCACCAAGCAAACUGGAGAAAUGGUCUGACCUGGGCAUGCAAAGUCGACAUAUACCUGACUCCUACUUGAGUGCAAAUAUAGGCUCAUUGCCAAAGCCAAGAUUUGGACGGCUCAAUGCGCCUGAGGGCUGGUGCUCAUCUGAUCAAAACAGUCGGUUCAUAUACCUCCAAGUCAAGCUACCCAACCUUGCCAUGCUCUCACGCAUUGCUAUACAGGGGGGCAAAGACAUCUUCCAAAAAUCUAAUGACUAUUGGAUCAAGAGCUUUUUGCUUAAGGUGUCUCUAGAUGAUGGUGAUUUCGAUCAUUUCACCUGGUACAGGGAUAGAGCUGGCAAAAAGGAAUUCAUUGCCAACAAAGACGCAUCCAGUAUCACCGAAAUAGAACUGCCCUUCGCAGCCCCUGUCCGCGCCAUCAGAAUCUACCCCGAGACCUGGAACUAUUGGCCCUGCUUACGAAUUGAGCUGUAUGGUAUCUAUUUGUCUGAGAGCGCAUGCGCAGCGUCAGGCCUGGAGCUGCCAACAAGAAAGCCGUGCAUUGGAGAUAGAAACUGCGGUAGCAACGCAGCUUGCCAUCCCAACCAGUCUGGGAGAAUUGAGAAAAAAGGGAACAGUACGACGAUCUUCCCCACCCCCUCUUCCCACUUGAACACCACAGAGUCGUGCUACUGCCUACCUGGUUACCAUGGAGACGGUUGCCAACACUACGGCUGCACCCCAAACCCAUGCCAGAAUGGAGGCACGUGCAAACAAUCUCUUCAGAACGGCUCCUUUGUCUGCGCAUGUGCGCCAGGUUUCCAUGGUAAUACGUGUCAGCUUCCUUGCCCUGAUGGCCAAUGGGGAAUUGAUUGUAAAGGCGUUUGCACGUGCUCGGAGUAUGGGUCAUGUGACAGCCGCACGGGAAAGUGCCAUUGCAUGCCGGGGUACAGUGGACCCACAUGUAUUGAUGAGUGCCCAACAGGUUAUUAUGGCUACGAGUGUACACAGAAAUGUCAGUGUGUGAAUGGAGCUUCGUGCGAUCGCCGCACUGGCUCGUGUAACUGCACUGUGGGGUGGAUCGGGAAGUUUUGCCAGCAUACCUGCCCGCACAACACUUGGGGGGAGGGGUGCGCCAGGAAUUGCUCCUGCUCGGCCUCUGCACUAAUGUGUGACCGGAUGACAGGGGAGUGCAUUUGUCCACCUGGUUGGUACGGCAGGUACUGCAAAGAAGAAUGUCCCAGGGGAAUAUACGGAAGGAACUGCAGUUACACAUGCCAGUGCGCCUACAACCAGACCUGCAGUAAACGUGAUGGACUGUGUGACUGUAGGGUGCCUGGCGUGACUGGCGUGACAUGCCGGCAGCCUUGUAGAGCCGGCUUCUUUGGCAUCGACUGUAAUCACAAGUGCCCAUGUAUGAACGGUGCCGAAUGUGACCGAGUGUCGGGCGUGUGUAGCUGCUCCCCAGGCUGGACAGGUCCCUUUUGCAGCAAACCCUGUCCCCCAUCCCUCUGGGGUCACAACUGCGCCCACCCCUGCAAUUGCACCAAUGGCGCUCGCUGCAAUGCGGUCACAGGUCAGUGCGCAUGCACAGAUGGCUGCUCAUGUAAUGCCGGUUGGACUGGUCCAGAAUGUCGGGAUCCCUGUGGCUUGGAUAGCUGGGGGCCUGGAUGUACCAAUACUUGUCAGUGCUCUCGUAACGGCGAAUGCGACGCUGCUAGUGGACGAUGCGCGUGUGCUCCAGGGUUUACCGGAGACAGAUGUGAGUCACGAUGUCCCAAAGGCUACUAUGGUACAAACUGCUCCAACGCUUGUACCUGCAAAGCCACCAACACCAAUGUGUGCGACGUCACAUCCGGGUUCUGCCACUGCAAUCCAGGAUGGAGUGGACGAUCAUGUUAUCAGCCGUGCCCUGGAGGGUCAUGGGGUGUCAAUUGUAGCAGCAAAUGCGAUUGCAUUAAUGGGUCAUGUGACCCCGUCACUGGCGCUUGCGUGUGUAACCGCCGCGUGACUGGCCAGCGGUGUGACAAACCGUGCAUUAACUGUAACAGUCCUUGCCCCAAGUGUUACCAUAGCAACGGAGCAUGCAACGCUGCCACCGGGAAAUGUGUUUGCCUGGAUGGUUACCAUGGUGAUUCGUGCCUGGAGGCGUGUUCUGUGGGCUACUUCGGGCGUCAGUGCCAAUCAAAGUGCCAGUGUCUCCAUGGUUACUGUGACCACGUGACAGGGUCAUGUGAAUGCUUGCCGGGAUGGACUGGGAAAAGAUGUGAUCAAGCUUGUCCAUCCGGGACCUAUGGCUUUAACUGUACCCUGCCCUGCGCAUGCGUAAACGGCUCUUGUAACGCCACAGACGGCUCGUGUAAUUGUGCCGCCGGUUACCAUGGGAAUGCAUGUGACAGGCCGUGCCCCGCUGGUAAGCAUGGAGCAAAUUGUGGACUCAAAUGCUUGUGUGCCAAUAAUGGCACGUGUAAUGCUAUCACUGGCCGGUGUUCCUGUGGCACGGGGUGGACUGGACCUAGCUGUAACGCAAGCUGUAGCGCGGGUCGCUAUGGAAUUAACUGCGUCGCAAGGUGCCAGUGCGAGUCAUGUGAUCGGUUUAGCGGGAAAUGCCACUGCCCACCUGGUUACCAAGGACACACAUGCUCACAAGUAUGCCCAAAAGGCUUCUAUGGCAGCGAAUGUAUCCAUCCCUGCCCUUGCGCUAACAAUGGCACGUGUGAUCACGUGACUGGCUCGUGUACCUGUAGACCCGGGUGGACUGGGAAGAGCUGUAAGGAUCCGUGUCCCGCGGGCCGUUACGGGAUGAUGUGCGCGAGUAGCUGUCGAUGUGACCCCAGCAAGACAGACGUGAAAAAGCCAUGUGAUCAUGUGACUGGGCAGUGCAACUGCAGGCCGGGGUACCGCGGGCCCAGGUGUCUUGAGCAGUGCCCCGAGGGUAGAUACGGCGACCAGUGCGCCAGAAAGUGCGAGUGCGACAACCGUGUUCCCUGCAGAGCCACAGAUGGCGUCUGUCUCUGCCUCCCUGGUUACUAUGGUAACAGCUGUCAGCUGACGUGCCCACGUGAUCGCUACGGCUUCAACUGCUCCAGCACGUGUCAAUGCGUGCAUGGGAAUACCCGGAUGUGCGAUAAGAAAGACGGGUCGUGCGCAUGUGCUGAUGGAUAUGUUGGCGUUCUUUGUGAGAAUCGUUGCCCGCAAGGGACAUACGGUCCUGGUUGCCAUAACAACUGUACCUGCCUUAACGGCGCGCAGUGCGACCACGUGACAGGCACGUGCACCUGCCCCGUGGGAUACAAAGGGAAAGACUGUGACGUCAUUUGUGACAAGGGGACGUUUGGUCCCGGAUGUACUCAGAGAUGCCUGUGUGAGAAUGGGGCCAAGUGUGACCGUAAAACAGGUGCAUGCACUUGCGCCCCUGGGUUUGAAGGACUCCGCUGCAGCAGACCGUGCCUGGAGGGUCGCUAUGGAGAUAACUGCACCAAGAUCUGCGACUGCAACCCUCGUAACACUAGGCGGUGCGAUAAUGUGGAUGGGAAGUGUUUGUGUACGCUUGGCUACACGCCCCCGAGAUGCGACAAGCUCUGCCAGGAUGGCUUCUAUGGCCAGGACUGUCGCAUGCGUUGUCCCGACUGUUCCCGUCACGUGAUAGCUGCUUGCAACAAGCACCACGGAAACUGCACGUGCGCAGCAGGUUUCUAUGGUUACCAGUGCUACGACCCCUGCGAGAGUGGCUACUAUGGCGUCGGCUGUGCGUCAAUGUGUACCACGUGCAGUGUGACGUCACUGUGUGAUCACGUGCACGGCACGUGUAUCCGGUACACGCAAGGGCUCUUCCACAUUGUGGUCAUGGAGGACUUUGAGCUGUUUUCGAUUAGGGUGAGACAGAGGGAUUUGAGACUUGGACUAGAGCGACUGAUGGAAACUUACUUCGACAUUUACAGUCAACCCGACGUAGCUGAACAACACACUGACUCACAGGUCAAGCCUGGUGCUGAACGUACUCUAGGGCAAUCUCUUGACGUGCCUGCCACUCAGCCUUCUAGGCAACGAGCCAAUCGUACGCAUGACUUUACCGUCAGGAUCCUCGAGUUAGAACGAGUUAUGAUAUCGAGGAACGUGUCCGGUGUCCGGACCAGCUGCGUCCUCUUGGACGGUAGCGUUGUGGUGGACGCCAUUCUGGUCAAUUCUGUGCUACGUCACGUUUCCAAAAAAGAGGUCUCCGAAGGCAUCGCGUCAGAGUACUACACUGGCAAGCUUUACACUCCUCCCGUCGCCUCCCCUGACAGACUCAGCCUACCGUCCAUUAUAGGAACCGUGGUCGGCCUCUUUCUCGUCAUCUUGAUCCUAGUGACAUUUAAGCUGAUGCGCUACCACUACAAGACACGCAGCACUUACCGCAAAGCCAGGAAGGACCAGACAGAGUUCGAGCUCCAGCCAUGCAUCGGGCGCAAUGUCAGCAGCUUCCUGGUGUUUGACAACCCGUACUAUGACAUCCUAGCGGCCAUGGGGUUGGAUGACGAGAUCGAGGAAGAGUGGAUCAACCCUUUGUACGACGACGUAAGCGUAUGUAGUGAUAGUUAUAAUAGUAAUACAGACGAUAGCUGCCACAAGGACCUCAGUGUCAUGGUGCUCAGAUAACAUUAGUGGAAAUGGCCCACUAGCGAUUACGGACCCCAUCAUUGGGGAGCAAAAAAAUGGCAAAAUUCAAAUUGUAAGGUUGUGUUAGGUUACAUUUUGUUUAUAUUUUGCCUAGAGGUUCCUUGCAUAAUAUAAAACAAAAUAAGCAAUAGUAUUUUUUGGUAGAUGAUCCG